GCGGGCCGUGCGCCCUGGCGAGUGCCGGGCUCUGGGCACGGCGGAGUGAGGCGGCUGGUGCGGAGCGACAGCGCCUAGCCUGGCACCCGCCGUCGCCCCGACAGUGCGGGGCCAGCGAGGUUGAGCGCCGCGGAGCGAGAUCCCCUCGGAAGGCUCCCUGUCUCCUGCGUCCCGAAAACACGAGGCUAUUCUCUUAUUUCAGCAGUUGGGUAUAACUUCAGAGCCGGAAAAGAGUGAUUUCAAGGCCAAGCAGAAGAAGAGGACUCUUGCCACCACAUUUCAAAAGGAGUCCACCACCAGAACUUUGGUUCCUUAUUGGGACAAACAUUUCUCCAAGGAAGACGAAGCCCCCCAUGCCUAUGUUCCCCGUCUGAAGGACUUACAGACUCCAUCAGCGUGUGCCACUUCGCGCGCCCACCAUGGGCCCCCCGGGGAGCGUGCUGAGCAGUGGGCAAGUGCAGGUCGUCCUGUGGGGCAGUUUGGCCGCUGUUGCUGCUUUCUUCCUCAUCGGCUUCCUGAUUUUUCUGUGCUCCAGUUGUGACAGAGAGAAGAAGCCGAGGCAGCAGAGUGGGGACCAUGAGAACCUGAUGAACGUGCCUUCGGAUAAGGAGAUGUUCAGCCGUUCGGUUACCAGCCUGGCCACAGACGCGCCUGCCAGCAGCGAGCAGAACGGGAUACUCACCAAUGGCGACAUCCUUUCAGAAGACAGUACUCUGACCUGCAUGCAACAUUACGAGGAGGUCCAGACCUCAGCUUCGGAUCUGCUGGACUCCCAGGACAGCACGGGGAAGCCAAAGUGUCACCAGAGCCGGGAACUGCCCAGAAUUCCUCCGGACAGCGCAGUGGACACGAUGCUCAACGUGAGGAGCGUGGACGGGGACCCGGGCCUGGGGACGGAAGGGCCGUAUGAAGUGCUCAAGGAUAGUUCCUCCCAAGAGAAUAUGGUGGAGGACUGCUUGUAUGAAACUGUGAAAGAAAUAAAGGAGGUGGCAGCAGCCGUGAACCCAGGGAAAGGCCACAGCAGCAGGUCAAAGUCGACUUCCGCUUUGAAAGAGCUUCCGGGGCCCCAGGCCCCCGAGGCGGACUUUGCUGAGUACGCCUCCGUGGACAGAAACAAAAAGUGUCGACAGAGCAUUAAUGCAGAGACUGUUCUCAGAAAUUCAUGCGACUUGGAAGAGGAGGCCCCACCACCUGUCCCCGUUAAACUUCUGGAUGAGAAUGAAAACCUUCAGGAGAAGGAAGAGAGCAAGACAGCGGAGGAGGGAGCCGCAGAGGGGACCAGCGAAACCAACAAGAGAUUUAGCUCAUUGUCGUACAAGUCCCGGGAAGAGGACCCAACUCUCACAGAAGAAGAGAUCUCAGCCAUGUAUUCCUCAGUAAAUAAACCCGGACAGUCAGGGAAUAAAUCAGGACAGACUCUCAAAGCACCAGAGUCCAGCCACACCUCCAUCCAAGGAGCUACUCAGAGAUCCCCCUCUUCCUGUAAUGAUCUCUAUGCUACUGUUAAAGACUUCGAGAAAACUCCAAACAGCAUCAGCACGCUUCCACCAGCAGCGAGACCCAGUGAGGAUCUGGAGCCUGAUUACGAAGCAAUACAAACGCUAAACAGAGAGGAAGACAAGUCCACCCCAGAGACCCAUGGCCAGCGUGGCCUUUUCCCCAAAGAGAAUGACUAUGAGAGCAUUGGGGACUUGCAGCAAUGCCGCGACAUCACCAGGCUCUAGCGAGCGGGAAGACAAGCCCGCACGACGUCUGCCGGCCGGCCGGGGGCAUUUCUUCUGCGGAGGACAAGAAGCGAAAGCAACCCCUUCUCUGCGUGCUGCUCCAGUAACCUGACGACAACUGGACACAUGGAGACUGUUUCCCGGGGCUGGAAACAGUGAGGUACGUACCGGGACUGCCCCCGAGCGGGCCCCAGGGCCCACCCAAGCACAUCUCCCUCAUGUACCCUCACCUUCUGGAAAGACCCCAGCGGUCUGUGGUUUCACCCGGUGAGUGAGGAAAGCCGAGCUGCAAGGAAGAACUGCGUCCAUCAAGAACCACGAUUCCAACUGCCCAAGAUACUGCCAUUCCCAAGAGCCAGGUUUUUCUUCCUUUCUUCCCUUUUUUGCGGUCUGCUCCUCACAUUUAAAUGUAUGGCUUUCUUCCCCCUUGAAAUCGUCUGACUUCUAAUGGUUCAUUCCAAGAAAAUUCUCCCACAAGGCUUGGCCUUUGCCUUCAACUUUGGGGUUUCAAGAUGUAAGAAACUGUGGUCGCUGGUUACUGUCAGGGGCCUGGUGCUCUUCUGAGAGCCGCACCUGGGAGAACAAGAACCCCCACAGUGGGCAGGACCGGGGCUGCCCGCGGAGCUCCUCACACCUUCCUGCCUCCUGAUUUGGGCACUCUACAUCAGCAGCCUCUCUCGAAGUACUUGAAGUCAUUUUUAGAUGCUUUAUUUUAUUUUUCUAGUCAAAGCGGUUCCCCUCCUUCACCCCCUACACACCCAGUAUUUGAAACUCUUCAGAGCCUUUUCAGUAUUUUCAAUGAAUAUUGUGGUACUUCUAUACUUGUUUCAGCCCAGAGCUCAUUCCUCUGAAACAGAGAGCCUUAAUCUCUAUGUUGGGACACAGACCACAUAUCUGGACGGCAGCCAUGGCGUCCGUCUCUGAAGGGCUGUGGACUUGAAUGUGUAUUUCUGAUGACCCCUGCUGCCACACCAACAGUGUGAGAUUUCAUAAGUUAACUGCUACCCUAAGGUAAUCUAUCGAAAAUUAAAAUGUAAACAUUUAUUUUUGUUAUAUAAAUUUAUGAGAUGUUUUAUGUUUAAUGCCUAAUUUCUAGAAAGUGCCAGAAAAAAAUGUAUAUUAACUAUUUUGAUUUUAUGUACAAUGAUUUAUACUCUCAUUCUGAAAAAAACACCAUAAAGCACAUAAGCUAGAUAAUUACAUGUAGUUGUUAUCUGUUUUCUAAUCAAGGGUUUAAAAUAUUGAAGGUUUUUAAAGACUUGACUUUUCAAAUGGUACUUGGAGCCCUGGUCAAAGUCAUCUGGCUCACUACAGAAAUAAGUGGCAUGGACAUAAAUGACCAUUUUCUGUGAUUUGUGGUGGGCAAUACUGAAAUAUUUGAAAUGGUUAAAAAAAAUGGAAGAAUGAAAUAUGACUAGGGAUGGCUGUAUUAACCUCAUGAAGGUAUUAUAAUUCCAGUAAGAUUUAGUUACAUUUUUGAGAAAAUUUACAGUGGUGGAUUUUCCAAUCCAGUGCUUGCAAAUGCAAAUUGCCUAUUGGGAUUUUUUUUCUUCCCCUUCAUUUUACAAAAAUCAGUGGCUGAGAUAACUCCGAUUAAGAGCUCAGCCUGGUUUGAAUUUAGUCAUCUCUGUAGAUUUUAUAAGGCCAACAUUGGAAAACUUGUUCACUUUUCAUUUGAGAAAGGACCCUGCUAUUAUGCGGAGUGGCUACAGCAAGGGGCCCUUGCUUACGCUGAUUUAAAAAAGAGGCAGAUGUCACUGCUGUGACAUCUCUGGCUUUUCAGACUGAAUAACCUCACUGUUUUCACUCCUAUGACAAAGGAUGCAGCUGGAGGGUGAAGCAUCUGGCGGACAGUAGGGACCACUGGCGUGUCCUUCCUGUCCCCUGCAUUCAAGGCUUGGUUCUGUAACUGCCUGCAAUUCAUUUCUGCAAUCGUGAAGUGAACUUUGCCAGGGUAAACUGCUCGGUUGUCAUUAUUUUGCAGUCAGCCUGGUCUCUCCCAUGAAGACCUCACGAGCCUAAGCACAGUCAUCACGGACUAGAAGGAAAUGGCAGAAUAUGCUUGAAUUUGGAGAAAGGUUAUCAGUAAGGUGCCAAGGUCCUCACUCUCUAAAUUCGUAUCUUUCAUAAGCACUGUGUUUGCCUGGUGAUUUUCUUUGCUUACUUAGUAUUGAUGAGUUUAACCCCACAAUCUCUAAACCAUGGUGUUUCUUUAGCUCCUGGUGAUGGCCGUGUCUCAUGGCAUACCUAGUAUUGUGCUUGCUGCACUGAUGUCCUUUAUGAGCGCCUGACCACUCAAAGGUUUUCCUGUAUUUCAUAAUGUCUUUACUUAUUGCCAGGGAAGUGGAUAUGAUCUCUAAAGUGUAAAAUCAUUUCUAGAGAGAAAAGUUCUGUAUAAAUAGUCAUAUCCUCUUGAAACUUCAUUAUCAGAAUUUCCCCCAGAAGUUCUGAAAUAAAGGCUAUGCAAUAUAGCCAUAAAAUAUGCACUGAAAUCUCUCUCUUGAGUUGAGGAUCUGUGCUAAGAAUAAGUUGCGAUUUAAAGUAUGAUAAGUGUAUUUUAGAAGAACCUAGAAGGCCCUACAGUACAAAUCCUAAAAGAAAAAGUAAUAGCACAAUCCAUGAGGGUUGAGGGAGGGGGAAGCAGAGGAAACUUCAGGAGCAGGCCCUGCUCUCGGGACUGCUGGGUACCUUACUGAAGCAUUUCCACUGAUGGAUCAUCGUGGUUUUGACCGGAUAGUACAGCAUUUCAUAAAUUUCAUCACUUUUUACUUUAUUCAUUGAAAAUCUGUGCUAGUCUUUGGGUUGGACAAAAGCCUGUGGCUUCUUGAAAAAAAGUUUCAUGUUUGGCUAAAUGUUACAGUUUUUAAAUGUAUGAAAGGUAAUUUUAAUUUUUUUUUUUUUUUUACUAUUCAAUUUGACAUCUAUAUUAUUUGUAGUUAUCAUUUAGGUUAUGUGAAAUCUCACAAAUAAAAUAAGCUUUAGGAAAUUUUUUUUGUUUGUUUAUAAGUCAGAAUUAUAAACUCACCUUGCCUAAAAGUAGAAUCUUUGCUAUUUAGUCAGGUAUUUUGAAGUUUUAGAAGAAUUUUUUAUGCUGCUUUUACGGUUUCUCAAAUGCAGUCAGCAGGAAAGUAUGACCUGUUUUAUGUGAAAUGUUUGAGGAAAUUUUAAAUUCUAGAAGAAAGCAAUUUUUGCUAAUAUGUGGGCCACAUAAAUUUUUUUUCUGGCCCUGAACUAAAUUACAACAUUAGGUCUAUUAAAGCUUUUGAAAGUACUGCUGUCCUUUGUGGUGAAAAGGCUAAUUACAGAUUUAUCUGCCCUCAAAAUCUAAGAGUUAAUUUUAAUUGAGUGCUAACAAUAGGUAGUCCACACAAAAAACUAACAUUUAAUCUCGGGAUGUCACUAGAUCUAGUUCUUGUAUUAGAAUUUCAUUUUUCUAAUUUGAGCAUUUAUUUACUUUAAUCAGUAACAAACUGUGUAUGUGUGUGUAUGUACA